UUACAUCAUCAAUGUGUGACGCUACUUUAACGUAGCUUCAGAGGUUUUCUUUCUGUUGUUUGCUAUCACUAUAGCUCAGAGAUGGACAAGAAAUUGGAUACGGACAACCUCGAAAUGCGUCUUCAGGCGUUGGAGACCCGACUAUACGGGGAGAGAAGAACCAAAAGUGGAAAACCUGUCAAGUGUGCGGAAGCUUUGGUCAGAAUUCAAGGAGGUUUGAUCAACACGGCCAACAAGAGAGAGAGAGUAAAGAUCCUCCACAAGAAGAUUGAGGACCUGAUGAAGUAUCUGGACCCCCAGUUCACUGACCACAUCACUCUCCCUGAUGCUAUGAAACUAGAGUUCAUCCUUGCAGAGGAGGACUCUUUGCUCUCUGACGCUGCUUUGUUGGAGCAAGUUAACAAUUUACAGCCACUGUUGGACAGCACCCACAUUAGAGAUGUACCUGAGCAUGCAACCAAGCUGCAACGUCUUUCACAGAUUCACAUCAAACAACAGGACCAAACUGAAGCUCAGUCACAGGAAGUCAAGAAGCUUUUUGAGGAAUACAACAAAAUGAUGUUCCUGCUUUCCAAGCAGUUCACCCAAUGGGAUGAGACCCUGAGGAAGAUGGAGGAGGCCAAAGGAAUCCGACCUGUGGAGUAGUUGCUCUGAGAAAAGCUGAAAAGAAGAUGACGAUGAAGAAAAACACUGCACUAUGAUUGGAGUUCCCGAAUAGACGUGUUACAUUAUGUAGCUCAUGCUACGAGUAAGUCAGAGGAAAACAAAAACAUUUCAACAUAUUUUCUUGUUUACUUUUCUUUUAUUCCAAUUAAAUAUUGCUGUUGACUAAAUACUGUCAGUGACUUUUAAUGCAAAGUUACAGAGUGAAAUGAAACUGAGGCUUGUGGAUCUUUAUACAUUGUGAAGAAGAGCAUGCUCUUUUUAUAUUACAACAAAUUUAAGAGACUACUCUUAUUUAUUGACAGUAGUGCUUUUUAGCUUUUCAUUUUAACUUCAACUUUGUUCCUUCCAAAUUACUUGUAUUUUGCCUUUUUCUUCUAUAGAAGCAAAUUAACUGCUUUAAUUUUUCGUCUUGUUAGAUAAAAAAAGUAAAAUGUUAAAUAUUGUGUUUCUAAAAUGUGCUUUUCUGUGUAUAAAUUGAGAUAAAGCUUGAAAAUAAUUAAAGUAGCUUUAAAUAUUUUUCUAUUUGUCUGUUUGAAACUGCAGACUUUGUGUUCUUCAAUGCAGAUGGUCUCCAAGCUGCAACAGAUUAUCCUUCCACAGGUGCGGUGUCUGUGUUGACAUCUCUGAAACUCUGUCUCCUAAACGCAGGCGCAUUCACAACAAUCUUCUUAAUUUUUGUGAUGUGAGGACCGUUGUGACUUUUUCCUCAAGUGUGCCAGCAAAUGCUUCUUGUCAAACUUAUCAUUUCCAAAUAUGAGACCCUCACCAGUCAUAUUGAACUGCAAAUAAAACACAAGGACUUAUACACAUCAUGGUUAGGUCAUUACAAAAAAAUUACAUUAAUAGAGUAGAAAUAAUUUAAUCGGUUUAUAUAUUUCUGAUAUUGCUGAUUGUUACUUUUGUAUCUGCUAAUAUUUUACACUUUGGAUGGAGUUGCUUUUCAACAAAUAUGCGAUUUUCCCCUCAAGUAUAUUCUGUUCACAGAACCUCAGUUGAAUUAAGCUUUAACAUAAGCAUAUACAGCACAUUAUAAAGUAAUAAGGAUUGUGUCUGUACAUAGCUUUUGAAUUUAUGCCAAUUUGAUGAAAUUUGAGGCAAAUGUCCACUUACGGUCUUGCUGUUGAUCUUAUUUUAACUUUUAAAUAAGAUUUAAAAUUAGUUUUCCUUUAUACCAAUUAACAAAUAACAAAAACAAAUGGCAACAAAUUAAUUAAAACAUCUAGUAAUUAAUAUAUAUAAAUUAUGUAUCAUCAAUCUAAAUUAGUAAUGUACAGAUAAAUAUCGAGUUGCUGAAUUUAAGUGUUUGUUUCCUUGAGGAAUUUUUAUACACUAUAUUGUGAAGACUUUAUUCCAUUUAUCAAAUCACUUAAAUUCAAUGUGUAUGGACAGAUACAAUUUUCACACUACAAAUAUAUAGAUCUGUAAGAUAACCAGCAAAUAGAAAAAUGUUAAUGUUAAUCCCUGUACUGUUGAUAAUUGAGAAAAGACUAUACCUUUUGCUGUUUGUUGGCGUAUUAAGCCUACAUUCGGUAGUUAGGUAUGUUGACAGACAAUCUGUUUUGAUGACUGAAUGAAAAUUUGACAUUUUCUAAAUCAUUGUUCCUUCUUCCAUGUUUGUGCUUCUAAACAUAAGAUGCUCAAAAACUGAGAAUAACGUUUUACGUACCUGCACUGCCACCCUGACUCCAUAUCGGACGUAGGUAGCAAUGUGUUCACAGUUGUUGUGAAGGAAGCCAUAUAUUCUGCUGCUCUGAUACGUUUCAGUGAUUCGUUUAAUUAUGUCCUUGUCAUCUCCUUUACCAUACGUCACUCCUGUUAAGGGGUCCGUAUAGCCAUCAAGGAAAUUGUUCACUUCCGGUUCUUCAUUCGUUUUCAGUUUAGCAAAUUUACACAAUUUGCCAUGAUAUUUCUCUGUAAACAAAUAAUAAAUGAGAAAUAAGCAGUU